GGUGUGGUUCCAGAACCGGCGAGCCAAGUGGCGGAAGCAGGAGAAGCUGGCAGCCAAGCACCAGGAGGCGGCGGCGGCGGCAGUAGCGGCGGUCGUUGGGCAACAAGGCGUGGGCAUGCAGGGCGCGGGCGUACAGAGUAUGGGCCUGCAGGGCGCGGGCGUGCAAGGGACGGGCGUAGUACAGCAGCAACAUCAACACGGCACAACGCUGGCUCCAGCUGUCACCUCCCCUCAGAUCACCAGCCAGGUGGUGAUGGAGCCCAUGACAGGAGUGGCCACGCCCCCAGAAGUGACGUCACCAUCGGAGACCACGCCCAGCACGCCGCCGCCGCCCACCACCACCACCCAGCCGCCCACGCCCUCACAACACUUGACCUUCGGUGAGUUGUUCCGGCAGGUGAGUGUGGCACCUUUGGCUCUUGUUUGUACCUGGGUAAUAGAUGUCAGGCAGGAGUGCUCGGAGGCGCGGAGGAACAUCUCUUGGGGUCCGCUGCCUCUUUCACAUCCCGAGCGAAGUUGUUAAGGUCUUAUUAUGAUAUUGUCACUUCUGAUUUGGUUGUUGUCUCUCCCUCAAUUACCUCUUCUUAAGAACCAUUCCAUCUAUCCAUCUACUAGACGUAUAUUGAACCAUUCCAUCUAUCUAUCCACGACACGUACACGGAAUCAUUCCAUCCAUUCCCGUGGCGCAGGGGAACUCGCCCCAAGCUUCGCGAACUAUAAGGACAGGGUUCGUAUCCUGGAUUGACUGUGCGCAAUCCUUAACUGUACGCCUCUGCCAUUCACCCAGCAGUGAAUGGGUACCUGGUUGUUAAACGAUUUGGCGGGUCGUAUUCCGCUGAAAGAUUAAGAUUAUGGACCUGCUUGAAACACUAUGCGUGCUAGUGGCUGUACAAGAAUGUAACAACUCUUGUAUAUAUAAAUAAAACACAAAUUCAUCCACUACACAUAUACUGAACAAAUUUGUCGGUUUCUUCCCGAUAGUUUUCAAGGGUGAGGAAUGCGAUCAUUUCUUGAGUAGCUUUGACGCCACGUUGUGUGUUCUGUGGUACUUACGAUAUGAAAUAUCUGAAUUUUCAAUUAAUUUCCUUCUUCUGUAAGUCAUUCUGUGUCCUGAUACCUUGCCCAAGCGGCUCCUACUCCUUACAGACACUAAGAUGUCAGUACGGUUCUUUCGGCUUCUUGUUUUCCAGUGAGGGGUUCGAAGGUGACUUUCCUUAUGUCCGACACGUUCAGUUAACAUUAUCAUGUCAAGUCUGACUGGGGGUCAUCAGUUUCUCGUUCCUGCGGGUCUAAUUGACAU